CUGUUAUGUUCUACUGGAAUCCAAUCUAAAGUAUCCAUCCUCUUCUUCGAAAGUCAUAAGUAUUUGGCCAACGAAUGACUGCUACUGAUGCCCGCCUAGCAUCAUUAUAACCAAUCGAAGGACGUGAGAUCAGCAUAAUAACAAUCCACCACUCUGCGUUCCUGUCGUCCAAGGUACGUCUAGCGCAUGCGCACCGCCGAGAGUAUCGCUAGUGGUCGAUAGCAACGUUGACGUGGUCGUCUGCUCUGGAAUAAAAUGCGAUUGUGAAAGCCCGCGUAAACCCAUUCACCGUCAAACUUCAGAACGACUCGGGGAGAUUGUCUUUGGUUGAGGUACGUGGUGGAUGAGUGGUAUUUUAUACUUUGAUGAGCGAGCGGUACACGACUGGAAGUGCAGUUGUCUCCCUUAGCGUUUAAGGGGGCCACUCGUUUGCUUGUAUUGGAACGGACUUUGGGUUGAAUAUCACCCUGUCAGAUUGGCGGUGAACUUCUCCCAGCGUUCGUAGUGAUUUGAUACUAUUGAUCCAUAGUUGCGUCAUUAAUACGUCACGUUUCAUCAAAGCUCAUGUUGAUGGCCCUUCUUUUGUGUCGUUUCUUUACCGGGAGCAGUCUCCGGAGCUUGUUUGCUUUAAUCAUUUAUCACCGCUACUGAAGAAGCUGCCCGGUGGGGCAAAAUCUCGGAACGGAUUUUAUAAGUGAAAACGUUAUCAACCUGGAUGCACCGUUCUCUCCCGGCUCUCUAUUUAUUUGGAAGCUAUGGUGAAUAUCUCCACUGUGGAUCACUCGAACAAAUGAAAUUUGAAUUAUCUGGAAAUUGAACAACUUCUCCAGUAGCGAGUCAAUAUAAUUUCAAUUUGUUAUCGACCAGAGAAUCUAAAGAGACAGCGAUCCCCCGUGACCGCGGGACUCGCCCGGAACCCUAAGUUUUUACUUCUUUUUGUCUUGCUGAGCUGUGAGCUACUUCUGAAGCUAUUUGAGGAUAAAACAGUUCCAUUCUUGUUGGGAAAGUGAUACAUCAACGAGAGAGGAUUUGAUACCAAUCAUGGUUAAUGACACAGCGGACCUGUCCACUGGGGGCAUGGCGACGGACUGGGACGGGGGAAGUUUGGCGUCGACGACCCAGAAACCUUUCGAUAACGUUCCCAAGAACCAGUCGGUGAACAUGUAUCUCCUCAUCUGUAUAUACGUGAUCAUCUUCCUACUCGCCGUCAUCGGCAACAUCCUCGUCAUCGUCACGCUCGUCCAGAACAAACGCAUGCGCACUGUGACAAACAUAUUCUUGUUGAGCCUCUCGGUCAGUGACCUUUUAUUCGCGAUUCUUUGCAUGCCGUUCACUCUCGUUGGGAACAUUCUGCAGCGGUUUAUAUUCGGGGAAGGAAUUUGCAAGAUCAUACCCUAUUUUCAAGGUGCAUCAGUUGCAGUCUCGGUAUGGACUAUGUGUGCCAUCUCGCUGGAGCGAUACCACGCUAUCUGUAACCCGCUGGCUUCCCGGGCCUGGCAGACCAAGACUAGGGCAUGCAAGAUUAUUGUAGCUGUGUGGCUCAUGUCGUUCUUAGUCUUACUCCCAUUCGCCAUCUACACGGAACACGAGCAGAUAGGCCAGUCCGAGUACUACAAGUGCCGAGAAAGGUUCCCCUCUGCCCUCUUUCAUAAACUUUACAUCACAUGCAUCUUCAUGGCCUUGAUGUUUAUACCACUGUUUAUGAUGUGUAUCGCCUAUGCUUUAAUCAUCAGAGAACUAUGGCGUGGCAUGCACUAUGAAAAGAGAAAUACAAGACGAGAAAAGGAAGAAAACGGAACACCCCUCAAUGACCUAAGCUCCAAGAAGAACAAAGGUCGAAGGUCAUCAAUAGACGACAGUAGCGCCACGGAGAGCUUCCUGCGGAAAUCCCGUGGUACGGGCGCGUCUUCAAAACGAGGGGAGAGCGCUCACGCAACGCCUAGGAGUACGUCAUCAAACACGGCGAAGAAACGCGUUGUUAAGAUGCUCCUCGUCCUCGUCAUACUCUUCUUUGUGUGCUGGACACCAACGUGGAGUAUGAACAUCUGGGCGACCUAUGACCCCAAAACGGCCUACUCAUCUGUUACAACUCUCCAGAUUACUCUGAUACGUCUACUGAUGUACACUUCGGCCUGUGUGAACCCUAUUGUCUAUUGCUUUAUGAACAAGAAAUUCCGUCAGGGCUUCAUCGAGGCAUUUGGUUGUUGCUGCUGCUUCGUGGGCAAGAAGACAGACACCACGUCAUUACCCAGCCAGACGAGCGUCAGACGGCAUCCCAUAACACGCCCUCAUUCGACGAACUAUACUAAUAGAUGGCCGGGGAGAUCUGCUCUACGACUAAUCGUUCAUUCGCAACAGUUCAACAAAAUUACCACUCCGGGCCUGGUGAGGGCAGUAUAACGAUUUGAGUAGGAUAAACAUUGAUCCCCAGGCGUUUGUUGAUUUGUCUUUUUUUUAUUACUUGAAGAUAUUAUACAAGCUCACUCAGGUGAUCAAAGUAUCGAUUAGUGACAUCGAUUACAAUCAACCAAAACUGUAAUAUGAAACGCCGUGUUAUUAAUAGCUGAAAAUCAUAAGAAAAAAAAAAAAAUAAAUAAAAUGUGUAAAUGAAACCCAGCUUUUGUAUGGAGAUCUGAAAUUCUGACAGGAAUAUAUUAUCUUUGUCCAUCCAUUUUAACAACAGGGUGCAAUGAGAAUAUCAUGAUGAAAUAUUGUCUGUAAAAUAGAUUGAAAUGAAUUGAAUAUACAUGUAAAAUUAUAUGGAACGUAUAUAGCAAGUUAUCAAAAUGUGGUUUUAUAAUGCCAUUUUUUGGAUUAACUAGGCUGUAUUUUCCAACUUCUUCACACUUCGAGAUAAUUACAAUGUAUUUACUUGUACUGAUGUUGAAUUGUCUAUAAUUGGAGUUAAAGAUAAAUUGAUUAAAAUAUUUGAACAAAAAACCUGAAGAAGAUGAUGUCACAUCAUAUCUUAUUAAACCGCAGUGUAUGGUUUAUGUAAUUCAUAAGUUUUUGCAGCUGUUCUUAGAAAAUUGUGAUAGCAGUGAAUUUACUUAAGUCUUUUAAAAAUGCGUUAGAAAGUAUUUGUAUAGCUGAAUGUUGUCGAUUGAUACAAGCGAAAAGCAAAGUGUAAGGAAGAACAAUCAGUCUGGCAUGGGGUUGAUGCUAAUUCAUUAUUUCACGCAAAUUAAUUUUACUCUUAAAUACAAUGACCUGCCUUAAAUUAGUACUCGUUAUGAUAACGAUUACAAGUGAUGAUGGGACUGGUUGAAAGCAGUAUUUUUUAUAAUAAUGAAUGAUAGACAGAUAUACUAUUUCAUCUUCAAUUAUAUCUAUUUGUUAUCAACCAAACAUGCGUCACGUAAUAGCAAAUUUUCGCAUAAAAACUAUCAUACGAAAGCUAGAACUCCAUUCUUUUCACUCCACUCCGCUGCAAUUUGAUAAACGUGUGUGUUGUUGAAAGGCAAAGAAAUUUAUAUUCUUUUAUAAGUUGAUUAUUUUUUAUUUCAAAUCUUGACCGAGUAUUAAAAUAAUAACGCAAAUUCGUUGACAUUACACAUGUUUGACUGACAAGUACGUUAUAACUUACAAAAAAAUAUUGCUCGAUAUUUAGUCGUAAUAAAAGCGUGAUUUGCAGAGUAUCGGUUGCUUUAUGAAUUUAUUUUCUUAAAUGAAAAUGUUAUUGUCGAGGGAGAAAAUCUUGAUUCUUUAAGCUCUUUAAGUGGAUGUCUUAUUAGAUUAACGUGUUGAGUGUCCUAAAGCUUUUGAAGUGGAAAAAUGUAUGGAAAGUAGUGGUUACAAGGGUGGUUCUGAAGUAAAUUUUUGUCAUGGUUGUGUCCUCUCAAUAUCGUCGAAAAUCUGGCUUUUUCUUUUUUUUAUACAUUUCAUUUUGUCACAAUUCAAUUUAAGCGAUGAUUCUAAUUCACUUCAUACAAAGGUGAACAAAAUAUGACUGUCAACACUUGUUUGCAUAAAAAGCUACCAACUUGUUUGAAGCCGCAAUAUCAAGUACAGCACUAUAGAUAAUUUGUUUAAGAUCUACAUUCAUCUAUAUUUAUAUUAAUUGAAGAAAAAUUAUUGUGAUAAAUAACAGUUAAAAGUAAGUUUAAGUUCCCAUUUUCAUCAUACUCAAUACAUAGAAGACUGAGGAGCCCAAAGUACGAAGGAAAACAAGCAUCUCUUUUGACAGAUCAAGGCAAAAAAAGCAAAUGGAAAGCUUUGUUUGGUGUUGUAUGAUGAAAUAAUGAAAUUAACACUGAAUAAAUUAAUUAUCUCAAAUAGAACAUGGCCAAUUAUUCACCAGGCACUAACUAACUUUUCAUAGUAAGGGCACAUAAUUACUUCAGCAGCUAAAAAUGCUAUACACUUGUUUUUAUAAUUUCGGUCAGGUUUACAUACUAAAAUUUGAUUUUCUUGCAACGCAUCCUUUCUUCUUCCUUCGUUUUUGAUGUUUUUUUUUGUGACUUCAUAUUCCAGAGCGUGUACUUGACAUGACUAUGAUGCUUCACUGAACGUUUUGUAAU